GACAUAGCUAUGCUUAAAAAGAUUGGAUCGCGCAAUUCUUAAUACUGUUUGGGUCGUUGUGACCGUACAAACGAAAGCGACCCAUAUUGAAAAACGCAGAACCGAAAUUUAGAGAGGGUGCACUGGAAGCAGUAAGGCAUCAUGUGGUCGACUAAAGUGUGUCGAGUGCCUAUCACAGCAUUUGUUGGAUCGAUAGGAAAACAGCACAUACUUAGUGCAGCUCAAAAGCCCUGCAUAUUUGUUAGAGUACAGCAAUGUUCCCAAAAUACACGUUCAGCAUUCUCCAAGAGGGCUCAAAAGAGAGUGUCUUUGAAGGAGGCCACCAUGGCACCUGCAGGAAACAAAGCAUUUCAAAUCGGAAAUGGUGUAGCAGCAGGUGCAGCAGCAGCAGGAAUUGGAGCUCUAUGUUACUAUGGACUGGGUUUGUCCAAGGAAUCUGGGGCUGUUGAUAGAGCAAUGAUGUGGUCCCAAGAGGUGAGACAACGUAUCCGUUCCACCUAUAUGUAUUUCGGUGGCAGCGUAGCAUUAACAGCACUGUCAGCCAUGGCUGUUGUACGGACACCCGUCCUCAUGAACCUGGCGAUGAAAAACUCCUGGCUGGCAAUAGGUGCCUCCUUUGCUGCCAUGAUAGGCUCCGGAAUGGUUUGUCGAUCCAUCCCCUACCAGGAGGGUUUUGGUGCCAAACAACUGGCAUGGAUGCUGCAUAGUGGUGUGAUAGGAAUGGUGAUUGCCCCUAUAACAUUGAUGGGUGGUCCAGUCCUUAUGAGGGCUGCAUGGUACACUGCAGGAGUUGUGGGAGGUCUUUCUACACUUGCCAUGUGUGCACCUAGUGAGAAGUUCCUCAACAUGGGUGCCCCUCUGACCAUUGGUCUUGGUUUGGUGCUUGUUUCUUCCCUUGGUACUAUGUUUUUCCCACCAACCACCGCCAUGGGGGCAGGACUGUACUCCUUCAGUGUGUAUGGAGGUGUGGUUCUCUUUGGAAUGUUCUUGCUUUAUGAUACACAGAAAAUCAUUAGAAAUGCCGAACACCACUCACCUUACUCACCUGUUCCGUAUGAUCCAGUCAACCAAUCCAUUGGAAUCUACAUGGACACCAUCAAUAUCUUUAUCCGGAUGGCAAUGAUUCUUCAAGGUGGCAGAAAGAAGUAAUGUGUUGCGGAGAUGACUUGAUCAUAACUCAUUAUAAAGUGUGGUAACGUCUUGAUAUUCCAUUGAUAGAAUCACUUUUGGAGAUGAGGAUAUAUCCAUGAGAAUCCAAACAUACAGGAGAGAGGUGAUUGGCCCAAGAUGUACAUUCCUAAGGGCUUGUCAAAAGCAGGAAAUUCUUUAGAGCUUGUUGGCAAGAAGGCUCGCCAGCCAGUUGUGAUAUAAUCACAAUAUAAUAUUUAUAUACCUGUAAAUUUACGAGAUUGCAUCACUGUGCUAAGUAUAAUUUGUUUAUUAUUUACACUGUGUUUUACAGAUUUCGUGACAGUUAAACACAAGAUAUACUUUUGAUAAGUAUCAUCUCUCUUGCUCUUUACCUGGUAGCUGUUCAAGGAAAAAUGUGAAAUUUAUUAUCAAAGAAUCCUUCGACAUUUGCUAUUUGCUUGGUACAGUUAUACCUGUGAUGUGCUUAAAUGAUUGUAUUAAAAUUGUUACUCUGUUUUA